GAAGGAGCCGCAGCGGAGAGCGCGGCACUGCUUUCCACCUCCUAGGGCCGGGCGGGGGCGUUGGGCCCAGCGAGGGCCGGGCUGCCUGAAUCCGGGCAGGGGGGACCACGUCUGCGAGGAGCAGCCGAGCCGGCGGCGGGCGGGGAGCCGGACAACGCGGCAGCUCCUCGAGAGCCGCUCGGCGAGCUGGGAGACCCCGCGUCCCAGCUCCCGGGCCCCCGCCCCCUCGCGGUCUCCGCCUCCUUCCCUCACACACCCCCCGGGCCGCGCGAGCCCAGGCCUUCCCAGCGCUCCUCCUCCUCCCCUUCACACUCGCUCUCCGACCCGGGGCUCCUCCUGCCGCCCGCCGCCCUUGCUCUCUCCGGCGCGAGUCCUCGUUCUCAGGCUCUCCGCACAGACACACGCCCGCACUACCGCGAGGCCGUCCCCUCUUCUCGGCCCUCCAACUCCUCGUCCUGGCUAACCCGCCGUCGGGGGAGGAUUGAUGUCCCUUCAGCAUCAUGCAGCCACCGCCGAGGAAGGUGAAAGUUACACAAGAACUGAAAAACAUUCAAGUUGAGCAGAUGACAAAACUUCAAGCCAAACAUCAAGCAGAAUGUGAUUUGCUUGAAGAUAUGAGGACAUUCAGUCAGAAGAAGGCUGCUAUUGAAAGAGAGUAUGCACAGGGUAUUCAGAAGUUGGCUAGUCAGUAUCUGAAGAGAGAUUGGCCUGGAAUAAAAGCUGAUGAUCGGAAUGAUUACAGGAGCAUGUAUCCCGUUUGGAAAUCUUUUCUCGAGGGGACAAUGCAGGUAGCCCAGUCUCGGAUCAAUAUAUGUGAAAACUAUAAAAACCUCAUUUCUGAGCCUGCAAGGACAGUGAGAAGCUUAAAAGAACAGCAACUGAAAAGGUGUGUGGACCAGUUGACAAAGAUCCAAACUGAAUUGCAAGAGACAGUGAAAGAUUUAGCUAAAGGCAAAAAGAAGUACUUUGAGACUGAACAGAUGGCUCAUGCAGUACGAGAGAAGGCUGACAUCGAGGCAAAAUCUAAACUUAGUCUUUUUCAAUCAAGAAUCAGUUUACAGAAGGCAAGCGUUAAGUUAAAAGCUCGACGAUCUGAGUGCAAUUCCAAAGCCACCCACGCGAGGAAUGAUUAUCUUCUCACAUUAGCAGCAGCAAAUGCCCACCAGGAUCGCUACUAUCAAAUAGAUUUAGUUAACAUUAUGAAGGCUCUUGAUGGAAAUGUAUAUGAUCAUCUGAAGGAUUAUUUAAUAGCCUUCAGCCGAACUGAACUAGAGACAUGCCAAGCUGUGCAGAACACGUUCCAGUUUUUAUUAGAAACUUCCAGCAAGGUGGUACGGGACUAUAACCUUCAGCUGUUUUUACAAGAAAAUGCUGUAUUUCACAAACCCCAGCCCUUCCAGUUCCAGCCUUGUGACAGUGAUACUAGUCGACAAUUAGAAUCAGAAACUGGGACCACAGAGGAGCACAGUCUAAACAAGGAGGCUCGGAAAUGGGCCACACGUGUGGCACGUGAGCACAAAAAUAUUGUUCACCAACAACGGGUUCUAGAUGAUCUGGAAUGUCAUGGAGUUGCAGUAUCAGAACAAAGCCGAGCAGAGUUGGAACAGAAGAUAGAUGAAGCUAGAGAAAAUAUUCGUAAAGCUGAGAUAAUUAAGUUGAAAGCUGAAGCCCGGCUGGACCUGCUAAAGCAGAUUGGUGUUUCUGUGGACACAUGGCUGAAGAGUGCAAUGAACCAAGUAAUGGAGGAACUGGAAAAUGAGCGAUGGGCCCGCCUUCCUGCAGUGACCAAUAAUGGCACUGUGCACUCGCUUAAUGCAGAUACAGAAAAAGAAGGAGAAGAGUUUGAAGACAACAUGGAUGUUUUUGAUGACAGCAGUUCCAGCCCUUCCGGCACAUUACGAAAUUAUCCACUCACCUGCAAAGUUGUUUAUUCCUACAAGGCUUCUCAACCAGAUGAGUUGACCAUUGAGGAACAUGAGGUGUUAGAAGUGAUUGAAGAUGGAGAUAUGGAAGACUGGGUGAAGGCUCGAAAUAAAGUUGGCCAAGUGGGUUACGUGCCAGAGAAGUACCUACAGUUCCCCACCUCCAACAGUCUGCUGAGUAUGCUGCAGUCCUUGGCUGCUUUGGACAGUCGGUCACACACAUCCAGCAAUUCCACGGAGGCCGAACUUGUUUCAGGCAGCCUCAACGGAGAUGCCAGUGUCUGUUUUGUAAAAGCACUUUAUGACUACGAGGGCCAGACAGAUGAUGAAUUAUCUUUUCCUGAGGGAGCAAUCAUCCGAAUCUUGAACAAAGAAAACCAGGAUGAUGAUGGCUUCUGGGAAGGGGAAUUCAAUGGGCGGAUUGGGGUUUUCCCAUCGGUGCUAGUGGAAGAACUGUCAGCCUCAGAAAAUGGUGACACUCCAUGGAUGAGAGAGAUUCAGAUCUCUCCUUCGCCCAAGCCGCCUGGCCCGCUGCCUCCACUGCCGCUGUAUGACCAGCCUCCCAGCAGCCCGUACCCCAGCCCAGAUAAGAGGAGCUCCCAGUACUUCCCCCGCUCGCCUUCAGCAAAUGAAAACAGCUUCCAUGCUGAAUCGCCAGGAUUCUCACAGGCACCAAGGCACACUCCUGAGACCUCAUAUGGCAAACUGCGACCCGUCCGGGCAGCUCCCCCUCCACCUACGCAGAACCACCGAAGGCCAGCAGAGAAGAUCGAGGAUGUGGAAAUCACACUGGUGUGAUGAUGGGUUAGCCCAUCCAUUACUGCUACAAUCAAGGCCAGGCUUGGAGUUUGGCCAGGCUUGUUUUUUAGGCACCUUUGCAUGAUGACUCUUGAACAGAGCAAAACAAGGAAGAUUAUAUGUGACUGGGUAGCCUGGUGGACUCCUCCCACGUUUUGAAUAUUUUGUACCUUUUUUUGUUGUCAUUUUCUAUGUCAUCUCUCCUACCAUAGCACAAAUCCUAGUGGGCCCUAGAAGCAGAGGGGGGCACCCUCAUGUCUACCAGUGGUCCAUUUUUAUACGAGAUUCAAGACCAGGCCUCUUUCAGGGCACAGUCCCAGAGAUACCGAUCACGUGCACUCGUACAGUAUAUUACUGUGGACACGGGAUGUGGCAGAGAUACUCAUCUUUCUUCAAGUGGCUUUUGCUUGUCUGGUUGAAUUUAAUCAGAUCACUGGCUACAUAAGGAAGAGAAGGAGGGACUUCAGGAGAGGCUGGCUCCUCCCCACUGUUAGUCCCCAGACUGAGAAAGUGAAACCUGAUUGGAAAAAAGGACUGCCCUGAGUUUUACGCCAGUUACAUUAAUACACAUCUCUUCCACAACUAACGGAUUUAAAAAAUAACGGUGUCCUUUGUAUUAAUAUUUAUGCCAUUCAUUUAGUAUUAGUGGAGCUAAAAUGGAGGGGCUGAACUAGUAGCCAAAUCUUGUCCAUCACAUAGACUAAUGGAAAGGAGGCUGUGGCUGAAUCAGAAAUGGAGCUUCCAGAUCUGAAAUGAGCCAAUUUAAUGUUCUUUUUAUAUUUGGGUAUUUUCAUCUUAAUUUUUGCAGCAUAUACUCUUCUGACCAGUAUCCUUAGAAUCUGAAUGUCUAGAUCAAUUGGCAACACAUACCUGCCUUCUUGAGCUUCUCUACUAGCAAGGUCCCUGGAAUUACUUUAUUCCCAAGGCAGUGCACUGGCCCAGUCAGCCAGACUGGCUGGUCCAGACCAGCAGCCAGCCGCCCCCACAGAAAAUGCAGCUUCCUAGGUCCCACCAACUUGAUGUUUCCUUGGGAGGAAGAACCUGUGGCUCAUGGAGGAAACUGGCUUCCUAUAAAAAAGGACUAAACGAUUGCACGCCCUGCACAAGUGCAAAAUGAGGAGGAAAAGACAAGUUCUUCAGGCCCAGGGAGAGCCGGGAGUUGCACUUGCCACCUCCUGUGGAAAAUAGAGAAUGCCUUACCUAGGGACUAAGGGUAUUUGCCAGUUGCUUUUUUUUCUUUUUAAGAAAUCAAAUUUGCAGAAUUUAAUCUGAAAGUUAUAUUAUGCUUUGAAAACUCCAUCCGUCCUAAAAAAUAUUUAAAAACUUGAAAUGCUUGCCACAUGUCCCCAUGGGAUUUUUUACCAAAAGUAAGGUCUUAGCUGAAGAAAUUUUUGGUUAGAAAUUGAUCACUUCAUGACAAUACCCACUGAUGAAUCUUCUCCGUAACUUGGGGGUUUUUUGUUUAUGUUUUUUGCAUUUCUUAACCUGUUGAUCUAUUUGAGGUCUUUUUGUGUUUAUCAAACUUAUUCUUAAGUUUAAAAAAGAAAAGCGUGGUUUUUUAAGAUUUGAAAGUUUGCUGGCACAUUAAAAAAAAAAAAAAGCACUUUAAAAAUCUUUGAAGUGCUUAAACCAGGCAGUUAUCACCACCCAAUCUUGUAUUCUCUCCUUAGUUAGCCAAAUUGUCCUUGAAUCUGGAUUUUCCACAUUCUCAGAGGGUUAUUUGAAGUUUUUUGUUGUAUUUUAAAAUAUCUUUUGGAAGAGCUGCUAAUUUUAUUUUAAAAAAACAAAGUUGUAAAAAUAUGCCUCCUUUUUAAGAAGAACCUCUCCCUCCAGGACGUGUAACCCAGCGCCACAGUGCACAGGGCCAGGCUCGGAGGGGUGCCUCUGUGCGGAUGUGCUUCCUUUAGAGUGGCUGUAAAAAGUUUGUAUUUAUUAUGUAUAAAAUGUUGAAUAAUAAAAAAAUGGAAUUAAGUUUUCUAAGUUUCCUUAUAAAAAGAUUUGAGUAAGCAGACUAUUCCAAAUUGAGCUUCUUAAAAGACACUCCUGGGCCCUCCUUUGAACCCAACAACACAUAGGGGAAGUACAUUUUAAUCAAUCCAUAAGAUAGUCAGUCCCUGAUGCCCCCCCACCUGCCCGGGGAAUAGUCUGGAUGCUAGAGAAGUAAAUAAGGUGUUUUACCAGUGGGAAGAGAAAGGACAGGUACACAUGUGAGGACAGUACUAUGUGAUGUGGCUGGAAGGGGGUUUGGACAGCAUACAGGGGGCUCUCGGGGGACAAGGAGGGUCACUGACACCCUUUGUAAGGGUGGGGCCUCAGGCUUCUACAAAGUGGGCAUUCUGGACCCCUCUGCCCAUUCCUAAACCUCUACCUUGAGGAAUAAUGAAUCAAGUGAAGGAAAUUUUAUUGGUGUGGGGAAUGGGUAAAGGAUCCCGGUUAAAGGCUGAGUCCCUCUGGCUGCCAGCCCAGCUCAGCCUGUGUGGGGAGGGGCCCCACCACUCUCCUAUUCCAGAGCUGGCCACGUGCAGUAUGUAUUCUUCCAGACAUUUUGUGUGCAUAAGACUCAUAGGUGCACAUGCUGCCUUUUUAUAUAAGCUUUUAUCUAUUGCCUUUUAUGUAAGAUUAUAUAGUACAUUUAAGUUUACUUCAUUCUUUUGGAUGGCUGCAUUUGACUCCAUUGUUUGGAUAUAUCCUAAUUUAAGCAUUCUUGUAGUGAUGGAUGGUUAGGUUGUAUCCAUUAGCUAUUAGGAAGUAAAAUUAACAUCUUGUACAUAAUUCUUUAUAAAUUUGUUCCAGUAAAAAUAUUGAGUGAAUACCUAAAUACAUAAUUUGUUAGUCAAAAUUUUUAUUUUUUCAAUUUUUUUUUUGUUAUUUAAUAUUAUUAGAUUUUGCCAAAUUGGCCUCCGAAAUUUUGAUUGUAUCCAUUGAAACUCCCAUGAACACCACAGGAGACAACAUGGGACUGUGGUGUCAGAAGGUCUGAGCUAAAUCCUGGCUCCCACUUGAUAGCUGUGGAUCCAAGAAGACCAUCCAGGUGUGCAGCACAGGGUAGACAAAAUGGUUCUCACCCUCACCUCUCCCACCUUUGGUGGCCUUCCUCUCAGAACUGGGGUCCUUGCUACUCAUCCAGCCUCACAGUAACACAAGGUUGUAUGAGACACAAGGAAAGCAUGUGUGUGUGAAAGUGCUUUAUUGUACCAUAAAUACAGGAAAGGCUGUCAGUGCACGUUAAGUAGCUUUUCCAUCUCCUGCCUUCCCCUGCUAAUGAAAACUCCCAUCUGACACUACUGUUGGUAUUGGAGGCUCAGUUUGUGACCAGAGGACAGAGCUAAGCUAAUUGCCCAACCCAGUGUCACAGCUAAGAUUUGACCACCUUCGUCACAGGAACUACCCAUAAUGCAGUCAAGCCAGUCACAGCACACCACCUGCGUCCCUUUCCUCUCUGACCAUGCACCCCAGCCCACGUCUACAAGCCAGAGGCUCCAGAGGGAAGAAAUCACACCUGGCCACUGCUUUAUGGGACAAACUUUCCUUCUGGGCUGCUGCAUCUCCAGCUUUAAAAGGAGUGCAAUGAGAUGAUUCCCUAGGGAUUAUCCAAUUCUUAUUUUAUAGACAAGUUCCGUUUCUAGACACAGAAUGAAGACAUCACAUAAAAAAGGUCACAAUAUUUGGAAACAGACUUAAUAAUACACAGACUUAUCAGGAUGGCCAGAAACUGAAAAGAAAACCCAAGCCCCUAGGACUCUGCUGUGACAAUGCAAAGCAUCCUCUAGGUUGUGAUCAUACACAAACAGCACACUGCUCGCUACCCAGCCACAGACUCUAGUUGCAGGGCCAACUGCUGCCUGGCCCUCUCUGAGCGGCCUUAGGACAAAGUGAGGCUGCUCUGAAUCUGUAUUUAUUUUGUUCAUUACAAAGUUGUUUUUCAUGGCAAAAAUACAACCAAGUUACAGAAAUUUUAGUUUAGAA